ACAGGCUUGCCCGCCCCCAAUCUCCAAAGUCAUAUAUACACCUCGCCCACCUCACCGUCCUUGAUCUUCCCCUAUCUGAUCGGAUCCUUGGACAUGGCGUCGCCCAUGCUCUCCACGGCAAUGGCGCCGCUCCAGGGUGGCUUGGUGGAGUUCUCCGGGCUGAGGAGCUCGUCGUCGCUGCCGCUGCGGCGGAAUGCCACCUCCGACGACUUCAUGUCCGCGGUCUCCUUCAGGACUUACGCGGUUAGCACCAGCGGUGGCUACAAGGCGCCGACGGAGGCGAAGCUGAAGGUGGCGAUCAACGGGUUCGGCCGCAUCGGGCGCAACUUCCUGCGGUGCUGGCACGGGCGCGGCGACAGCUCGCCGCUCGAGGUCAUCGCCAUCAACGACACCGGCGGCGUGAAGCAGGCGUCCCACCUCCUCAAGUACGACUCCACGCUCGGCAUCUUCGACGCCGACGUCAAGCCCGUGGGGGACAACGCCAUCUCCGUCGACGGCAAGGUGAUCAAGGUCGUCUCCGACCGCAACCCCUCCAACCUGCCGUGGGGCGAGAUGGGCAUCGACCUCGUCAUCGAGGGCACCGGUGUCUUCGUCGACCGCGCCGGCGCGGGCAAGCAUCUCGAGGCCGGCGCCAAGAAGGUGCUCAUCACCGCGCCCGGGAAGGGAGACAUCCCCACCUACGUCUGCGGUGUCAAUGCCGACCUCUACACCCACGCCGACACCAUCAUCAGCAACGCCUCAUGCACCACCAACUGCCUCGCACCAUUCGUCAAGGUCCUCGACCAAAAGUUCGGCAUCAUCAAGGGAACCAUGACCACCACCCACUCGUACACCGGCGACCAGAGGCUGCUCGACGCGAGCCACCGUGACCUGCGCCGUGCCCGUGCCGCCGCGCUCAACAUCGUGCCGACCUCCACCGGCGCGGCCAAGGCCGUGGCGCUGGUGCUGCCCAACCUCAAGGGCAAGCUCAACGGGAUCGCGCUCCGGGUGCCAACCCCCAACGUAUCCGUCGUCGACCUCGUGGUGCAGGUCUCCAAGAAGACCCUCGCCGAGGAGGUGAACCAGGCGUUCCGCGACGCCGCCGCCAACGAGCUCAAGGGCAUCCUCGACGUCUGCGACGAGCCCCUCGUGUCCGUCGACUUCAGGUGCUCCGACGUGUCCUCCACCAUCGACGCCUCGCUCAGCAUGGUCAUGGGAGACGACAUGGUCAAGGUCAUCGCGUGGUACGACAACGAGUGGGGUUACUCGCAGAGGGUCGUCGACCUCGCCGACAUCGUCGCCAACCAAUGGAAGUGAACGCUCAACAGCGGCAUUGCCCUGUAAAACUCCUCUCGAGAUUUUCCCCAGCCUUCUCCACGGAUGAUCGAUUCUUUGUAAUGAUAAUAAUUCCAAGUAUCGAACUCCCCAACAGAUUUUCUU